UGCUCCCCGCAUCUCAUCUUCCAACACAAGAAGCCCAAACCAUUUUACACACACCACUUUGGCACUCCCGCAAAUCAAACACUGUAGCUUGUGGGAAACCAUAGUCCAAUGGCAUCGCAAAUUGAGAGCCACCGCGCCGGCGCAGAGGUCGUCAAUGGAGACGCCAUCUGCAGGAAGAAGUCCAUCGAGCUCCUCGAGGAGCUUGGCCUCCCAAAGGGCCUGCUGCCCCUUGAGGACAUCGAGGAGUUCGGGUACAACCGUGAGGAUGGGUUCAUGUGGCUGGUGCAGAGGAAGAAGAAGGUGGAGCACACCUUCAAGAAGAUCAAGCAGAUCGUGUCGUACGCCGGCGAGGUCACGGCCUUUGUCGAGAAGGGGAAGCUGAAGAAUAUCUCCGGGGUCAAGACCAAAGAGCUGUUCCUAUGGCUCAGCGUGGUGGAGGUGUAUGUUCCAGAAUCCUCGCCGGAGAAGGUCACCUUCAAGACCGGCACUGGACUCUCCGAUACCUUUGAUGCCACUGCCUUCGCACUCGGAGAGUGAUGGAUUCAAUUCUCAACUGCCCAUUCGACGUGGAUGAGUGCAUAACUAGAAUAUGUGGCCACAUCUAUAUCCAUCUUUCGCAUUAUAAACAUGUACUUGUCUUUGCUCAUUUGGUUCUCUUCAUCAUAUUUGCUAGCAUAAACUCAGCACAUAAGUAAGCUUACCCGCCUAUAAGAUGUCAUGUACAAAUUUCAUGUACUCGUACUAUAUGAUAGGAAUAAAAAAAAAGAAGGAACUGUGUUCUUUUUCCCA